AAUACUGCCCUUACCAUUAGGAACUGAUGAGGAACUGAGUAGAAACUGACUAGGAACCAGGAUCACCGCGGUCAAAAUUUCUGCCCGCGCGCAAAAAAGGCAGACUUUGCAUCGAAAUAAAGGAGAAGAAGGAAAGAAAAGAAAGCUCCAAUAAAAAGCCUUAUAAUGCGCCGAAGGUCAAGCUAAUAUAACCAAUAAAAUUUAAGUGAAGUCUUAUAGGAGUAUAGUCACUUUUGCAAUUCCAAUGUGCCGAACAAGACUGAUCAAAGUUGAAUAAAAUACAAUGAUAAUGAUGAUGGUAAGGUAAUUUGUGUAGAAUAGUCUGUUUUUUUUUCUUCAAAAUUUUCAUGACAUUGCUUAUUUUUCUUUCCUUCAUGCAAAGUCUACCUUUUGCGCGGGCAGAAUUUUUGCCGCCAAAAUGGUGACGCGCGCGCACAUCGCAAUUUUGGCGGGAAACGCAGAAGGCGAGAACGGGGAUUGCUCGGAGAAAAACUUGUUGAUAAAACAAUUGCAGAUCCCCCUAAAUAAAUACUAAUAUUGCCUAGUUAUGAGACAUUGCGUAUAAAAUAGUUUCUCAUUUAUAUGCUUGAAGCAAAUGACCACGAGAAGACGACAUGGCUCUUCAAAAGGGGAUAAUUUUAGAAAGGAUUCGCCAGAUAUAACGCCAGAGAGUUUUGAAGAAAACGAAUUCAAACUUAAUAGAAGAAAAGGGCCAAAACCAAAAACAAGAGGGAUAGACCAUUUGACCAAGAAAAGUAGUCGCAGGAAUGAUAAGAACAAAUACACAACUCGAGAUAAUAGAGACACAAGGAUAGCAAGGAGAGAACAAAAAGAGGGUAGUCAAGAAACUUCCUCCAUGAGAAACCUGGGCAUCUACAAUAAAAGCCGAAUAUCAGAAACCAUCCACCGAGGUCAGCCGCAACAUGUUAGGACUAUCCAUGACAUCAGAACCAGGACGGAGGAUGACAUAGCUAAAGUCCUUGAUUGUUCUGAAUUUCGGCUCAACCCGGUUCCGCCAUCAUUGGACCAACUUCUUCCUGAUGUACAUCAUGAUUCAAGCAGUGCUAUAUCAGCUACUCCAACUAGCAAUCAUAUUAAUUCCCCCAGGAGUGUUCACAGCUCUUGUCACAGCACAAUAUCAGCUCUAAGUUCUAAUGAAUAUCAACAUCACAAUAGCGAUGUCUCCAGCAACAACCUGAAGUACAAGACUCCCCUUAAGGAAAUAUCGGAAAGCCUGCUGAGCAGUUUGCGUCCAAAAGAAACAUUCCAUGGGAGUGACUACUUUUCUGGGGUCAGGGAAGAAUUGAGAAAACUACAUAGACAGAGCCUGGCUAGCAGAGAGCAAAAUUUGACAAAUCUAAAGGGAUUGAAUGAUGUUACAGGGCAUACAGCAAAGAGAAAGCACAUAAUAGAUCAAGAGAACCGACCACUAUCAAUCAAACGUCAGCGUAAAGAAGCAGAAACAAGUACUGUGCAAACCACAGCUGAUGAGGUUCUAAAAGCACUUAAAAGUGUAGAAACUCAUACUGCAAAUGUAUCAAUGCCUGAACAACCUGCAAGCUUUUCACAAAUCAGUGACCCACAUCUACUGAAUCCCCCUACUGCGGCACCUUGUGAAGUGAAAAAGAUGGUCUUAUCAAGUGAUUGGGAGAAGCUAAGGGCGUGCGAUAAUAGGGUGAUGUACGACCAUGUGGAUGCACCCAUAGGCACAGCAUCUUACGACAUACUGGAUUUCUUGGAUAACAAUGUCAUUCCCUGUAAAGACACUAAAACAAAAUACCAAGAGCAAGAUGCAAUAUCUUGGGAACCGCCAGCUGUCUCCCCUCCUAAAAAAACAUGGUUACAAUCACCAAGUCCACCAAAGUUCUACCGAAGAAAACUUUACUAAUUCCCUGUCGUGUGUGACAGCAGUAUUAUACGUGUUACUAUAAGUGUUAUCAAGACUUGUCCGUAACUUUAUCUAAAGUACAUUAAUGUUGUAUAUAAUGUAAUAUAUGUACAAUAUAACUCAAUACUAUAUGAAAUCCAAAAUUUAAUAUAUCUCUUGAAAAAAUAAAAUACUGUCUGAAGUUACAAAAAAUAUACAAGAGGUACCACAAAAAGGGGUAAUCUUUUACUUUUAACAACUGUUUUUUGAGUCAGGAUACUUAGAUUUCAAUUCCUUUUUAAAUUUUCUAAAAAGCUCUCUAUUUUUGUUGUUUUCUGCAUCUUUCUUCUUAUGGAAUCUUUGCUUGAAUCCAUGAUGAACCAGAAAUGCGUUAUCCAAGACAGCAAAGCUAAACCCUGCUACAUGGGUCUCACACACUUGACUGAUACGGUUGAAGCCAUACUGGAAAAUAAAAAAUACAAGAUUUCUGGCAUUGGAUGAUGGGUGGCAGCACAAAAUAGGCAACAAGCAUUUUGGCAGCUAUACCAAACAAAGAGCUUGCGGCAUACUGUUAAGGCAAUCCUUUCAUGUGGUCAUAUGAUCAUUUCAAGCGUUCAAACAAUCCUUUAUUAUGGUAAAAAAAAUCCUUAACUGUGGUCAAACAAUCCUUGCCUAAUAGUCAAACAAUCCUUUACUAUGGUCAAACAAUCCUUUUCUAUGGUCAAACAAUCCUUUUCUAUGGUCAAAAAUUCCUUUACUGUGGUAAAACAAUCCUUUGCUAUAGUCAAAUAAUUAUUUCCUAAAGUCAAACAAUCCUUUCCUGUGCUCAAACGAUUCUUUCCUAUAGUCAAACAAUCCUUUCCUGUGGUCAAACAAUCCCUUACCAUGGUCAAAUAAUCCUUUCCUAAAGUCAAACAAUUUUUACUUGUGGUGUUUUGUCUAUAUUUUCCUCUCUCUGUUGAUAUUUUAAGGGGCUUUUCUAAACAGAACACAAGUAAAACUGCAAUUUGCAGUGUAUCAUUGAAAUAUAUAUAUUCCUUCUAAUUUGGUUUGAUCAGGUUUUUAGUUAUAGGUGAUGUGGUACAAUAAUGCAUUGCUUAUUAUACUUUAAGAAAUAAUGAGUAAGAAAUAGUGUUAAAAGUACUGCACCUGUUUAAAUCGUCCAUCGUAUAGUGGGACACUAUUUAAUGAGAUGUAGAAUGGCUCCCAAGGAUCAGUCCAACUCCUUGUAAAUGACACAUGUAAGCCACUAGAAGAUCUUGAUCUACACAACCAUUGUUACAAACAUUAAAUGAAAUGGGUCAGCAUCA